AAAUGGACAUACCCAUCAUGGUGAACAGUUGUUUGGGCAAAAUGGGGAAGGCUGUUAUAAAAGCAGCGGAUUCUGCGGGGCUCGAUCUUAUCCCCAUGUCGUUUGGCUGUGCUGAAGAGGCUGGAAAAACCGUAGAGGUGUGUGGGAAAGAGAUUACGGUGCACGGACCCAGUCUUUGUGAACACCCGAAUAUGAUCGUGGUCGACUACACUGUGCCUGAUGCAGUGAACAGUAAUGCUGAGCUGUAUUGCGAUGUUGGAGUUCCAUUUGUCAUGGGAACUACUGGAGGGGAUAGAACAGUCAAGGAUUCAAAUGUAUAUGCAGUAAUUUCCCUGCAAGUGGGGAAACAGGUUGUGGCAUUUCUUGCAGCGAUGGAAAUUAUGGCAGAGCAGUUUCCAGGAGCCUUUUCUGGGUAUUUUUUAAAGGUGAUGGAGUCCCAUCAAUCAAGCAAAUUGGACACAUCUGGAACAGCUAAGGCAGUAAUUUCUUGCUUUAAGAAGUUGGGAGUGUCUUUUGACAUGGAUCAGAUCCAGAUGAUCUGUGAUCCUAAACAACAAAUGGAGAUGGUGGGAGUUCCAGAAGAGUAUUUGUCUGGUCAUGCUUUCCAUUUGUAUCAUCUGUCAUUGCCCGAUGAAACAGUUUCUUUCGAGUUUCAGCACAAUGUUUGUGGUAGAUCAAUAUAUGCCGAGGGUACAGUUGGUGCUGUCUUGUUUUUAGUAAAGAAGAUCCAGCAGAAGGCAGACCAUAUACACAAUAUGAUUGAUGUAUUGCGUGAGGUUAGCAUGCGUUAAUUCUAGUUUCAUGCUGAGGUUUCUUGUGUGGCGUUUAUCUUUCAGGUCAGCUGUAUUGUCUUAGUUCUGUGUUGUGGUCUUGAAUAAUCUUUACCAUUGUUAUAAUAAUUAUUAUUAGUAAUUGUUUGGCAGAUGUCGUAUCUCCAUCCAACUCAGGACUCUGGUUUUAGAAUUCUUUAUACUUAUCGUUGCUUUAUAUGGCAAUGGAGUAGAGAAAAUUGCAAGACUUGUUUUGAAGAUGGAUCAUUAAGCUUGAGCAGCUGCAGCUUCUCUUUGAGAUGUUAGGAUUUUGAUCAUUUGCAAUGCAAAGCACGUCUUAAAAUCA